AUGAGAGAGCGGGACUUCAUGCCCAAUAUGGAGAGGGGCAAACCUGCUACUUAUACGGGGGACAAAAAGGCUAAGAUGGCUGCUAAGACUAACAAGAAGUGGGUGAGAUUAGCCACUGUUUUUGCAUAUGUAUUGUCCGUAUCCUUAGCAGCCAUUAUUCUGGCAAUUUACUACAGCCUGAUCUGGAAACCGACCAGUGCAUCCUCUUCUGCCGGGAGGCCGGGGGUGCCUGGAGAGGUCACCCCCAACGCAACCAUCUCAACUAAUAUUUCCACAAGCAGCAACGUCUCAGAGUGGAACUCUACACAGACAGGGCUACCUUUCAACCAGACAAGGCAGGGCACAACCCAGCACCCCGGAACCACGUUUCAGUGGAUCGACAGAACCGAGAAUGUGGCCGUCUCCCCGCGCAGUGUUGGAGGAGAAAUUGCGCACUCGCAACAGGAGGAAGGACUCUACGCAUCUUCCCACGGUCACACAAGCAAAAGAGCCACGGAGAGAUCGGGCACUUUGGGUAGAGAGACACAUGCGUCUCAGCCGAGAGUGAGCCACCACAUGCCGUCAAGCUCCGGGGAGUCUGGCGCUGCGCUUAAUGAGGACGGGACGGGGAUGGAGGCGCACAGACAGGGCGACGGGGGGACUGACAAACGCAACCCCGAACAGACGGCUGCAGAUGCUGCCACAGUUCCUCCAACAUCCAUCCAACGGGCUGGCCAGAGAGGAGACUGAUCU